UCUGAAAGAAAAAUAUCAAUAUAUUGUAUUUGACAAAACAUGGAAUGAUCGUAAUGCUGAUAAUUUAUUAAGUGGCAGCUUAGAAAGAUGGGCUGUACAAAAUGUCAGUGCUGAUGGCCAAGAGAAUGAUCGAGGAAUUUCCACUAUUAUCACUGCUACUAGUAGUCUUUGUAAUAUAGAUGUUUUGAAGGAGCAGAAUUUUGACUUUUUAAUUAAUAAUUACAAUGGUUAUAAUAGACUUUUAUUAGUUAAAUUGCCAUUUAAUAUAUUUCCUAAAUUAUUAAAAUUAUUUAAACCAUUGGAGUAUAAUGACAUCACUAAAAGAAAUAUUGAAGAUAUGUUAGUUAAUGCAUCUAAUAUUUUAACCGAGAUUUCUCAAUAUACUGAUUUAGAACACAAG